UUUAAAGUAAGUGAAAAAGCACUGCAGCUUACUAAGUAAGCAGUGAAAAGGUACUAUAAGUGUAUAGCCUGAAGCACUUUACAAAGAUUUGGUUGGCUAAAUGUUUGAACUUGUGGUUUACACAAUUCAAAAACACAAGUUCAUUUAGUUCUAUAAGGUUUGAUUAUACUAAAUUGAUGGUGUCCAAAGUGUUUAAGUAAUUUUAUAGUCGAUUUAAAGCGGGUUAGGUUUUAUUUGAUUUUUGUUGUAUUACUAUUUGGCGACUUUUUCUUUAAUAUGGGCUCUACUUCAAAGAAAUAUAAUACUACACUUGAUGACAUAAACUACUUGCUUUAUUUGGAAACCUAUAAACGCUUUAAAGAUGAUGAAAAUAAUAUUAAACGGCAGAUUGAGGAAAAAAUUCAUCAAUAUAAAAAGGUGAAAAAUGAGUAUUUGGAACUAUAUCUUAAAUACACAAAUCUAUUAAAACUUACGGCUAUUCGUACCACUGUGGAAGGUGGUAUCUGUUUUGAUGAUUCUCAUGUUAAAUCAGUUAAAAAAAAUAUCGAAACAAUAAUUGCGAAAAUUUCAACAGGAAAUGUGACUGAGUAUGUCAACGCAGAAGCUCUGGAAAAGUUCAAAGAGAAUUUGAGUUCGUGCGAGAAUUAUACACAAAUAGAAGCAAUAAAAAGUGGCGUUGCAGAUAUUAAAAAAUCAACUAAAGCAAUCAAAAAUUCUAGGGACAUUAUUGAAACAUCACUUGAGGCUGCAGCAUUUCAGGGAUUAGAUUUUUUUGCGCAUGCGUUUCUGACAGAUAAACCAAUUAUGAAAUCGAUCAAAUAUUAGGUUCUUUCGGAAUUGAAUUAAAUCAAUAACAAAAUAUUGUAAUAAAAC